UGUUUACCGGUGAAUGGAGUGGCCGUUCAAAUUAUGUCUGCCCCCAUAAGCAUGCUCCAGUCCGUGCAGCAUGAAUAUCUUCGGAAUUCACUUGGAAUGGGAGGGCCUGAAAUCUAUCUUGGAGUUUUCGGCCAGUGCCGUAGGUAUUCUUCUUCUCACCUGUGUCGUGCUAUUCUACUUUCUGGUCUCGUUCAAGCCCCGGUGUCGUACGGUGGGUCGGACUCGCGUUGCCAUCCUUUACAAGGGCCGAGGUGAAUCUGGCCUUGCAAAACGUACCUGGAUGGGUGCUGUGCCUUGGUUCGCACCCGAUGAAAGAGACAAUAGGGCUUUCUUGUCCGUUUGUGAGGCUCGUCACGAGAACUCAGUCUUUCAGCAGAAGCGAGUCUUGUUGCUCACUGCACAUCCCGACGACGAGUGCAUGUUCUUUGGUCCGUGUAUUCUUGACCUUCUCGAGAACGAUACUCAAGUUUUUGUUCUCUGCUUCUCACCUGGUUCAGGAGGACUGCAAAAAGUGAGAAAAUAUGAACUCCUUGACAGCUGUGAGACACUUGGAAUCCCCAGGGAGAAUGUUUUCUUACUCAAUUUUACACACUUGCCAGACAAUCCCUCUUUAGACUGGAAACCAUCACUCAUUGCUGGGCUUGUGCUUUAUCACAUCGAGAUGCUCAGUUGUGAUGCUGUGGUGACCUUUGAUAACACUGGAAUUUCAGGUCAUGUCAAUCAUCGGGCUCUCUACCUGGGAGUCAAGAUGCUACUCUGCACUCGUUCUGUCCCUGCAUGUGAGGCAGUGCUCCUCCUUCUCUACUCCAUUCAUCACUUGUCCUGA